AUGGGGGCAUUAACUUGGCUAUUUCAAUUCCUUCUCUAUUUCUUGCAAUAUCAAGUUUCUGCUUCUUUUAUCGGAUGUCCUCGAAGGGACCAAGUUUCUGCUUCUUCAUCAUCACCUCUUUCUUCUUUUGCUUCUUCUGCACACCCCUUGUGCCGUCCUGAUCAGAGGUCCGCACUACUGCAAUUUAAGCAUAUGUUUACUCUAAACAACGAUGCUUCAUCCGAAUGUUUUGAUUCUGCUAUUCCUUCAUAUCCAAAGACCCUAUCUUGGGAUGAGAAAGCAACUGAUUGUUGCAAUUGGGAUGGUAUCACGUGCGAUGGGUUGACUGGUCAUGUGGUCGGGAUUGAUCUCAGUUGUAGCCAGCUCUAUGGUACAAUCCAUCCCAAUAGCAGCCUUUUCCUGCUUUCUCACCUACAACGGCUUAAUCUGGCAAACAAUUACUUCAACAAAUCUCGCAUUUCAGUCGCAUUUGGAAACUUUGCAAGUUUGACACAUCUAAACCUAUCAUUUUCUGCCUUUUCAGGUUCGAUCCCUUCUGAACUCUCCCUCCUGCCCAAACUAAUUUUACUUGAUCUUUCAAAUGAUGAUUAUUCUCGACUGAGAAUUGAACCCCUCCAUUUCAAAAUUCUCCUAAAAAACCUGACCCAGAUACAAGAACUCAUCCUUGUUGGGGUAAAUAUAUCUUCUGGUUUACCCGAGUCCUUGACGAAUUUGUCUUCGUUAACAGCUUUAGACCUGUCAUCGACCGGGUUGCAAGGGUACUUACCUGAAAGCAUUUUCGACCUACCAAACUUGCAGAGGCUCGUUUUAUAUGGCAACAAUGAUCUUGAUAUCAAUUUACCAAAAUCAACUUGGCGUAGUGGUAGUUCUCUAAGGGAGUUGGAUCUUUCUUAUACGAAUUUGUCUGGAAAAUUACCUGACUCAAUUGGCUAUCUCAACUCUUUGAAUUUCUUGAUUCUCGACGGGUGCAAAUUACAGGGUUCCAUUCCUAAAUCUCUAGGGAACCUUACGCAACUCACUCUGUUACAACUUUCCAACAACCAUUUCAGUAUUGCUCGUAAUCAGCUCUCCGGUCCCAUCCCCUUCAAUUUAAGUGGUCUUCAAAACCUAGAAGUGCUCCACUUAUAUGGCAACUCUCUCAGUGGGGCAAUACCUCCCUUGUUGUUUACUCUUCCAUCAUUGGAAGAUUUAGUCUUGAGUUCUAAUCGUUUAACUGGCCAAAUUCCUGAGUUCCAACAUGAUUUACCAUUGCGCUUCAUUUACUUGAAUGACAAUAAACUUCGUGGCUCCAUUCCACAGUCAAUUUCAACUCUUGUAAAUCUGACCAAGCUCUCGCUUUCAUCAAAUGAUCUGAGUGGUGUUCUGGACCUACAAAUACUCAAAAAUGUUGAGUACCUUUCAGUUUCCAACACUAAUCUAAUGGUGGUCGCUAGAAGCAAUGUCAACAAUACCCUUCCCAAUCUUAGGUAUUUCUAUAUGUCAACUUGCAACAUCGAGGUGUUCCCUUAUUUCUUAAGAGCCUUAGAGAAUCUUGAAGUGCUAGAUCUUUCUAACAAUAGAAUUUAUGGACAAAUUCCAAAAUGGGUUGGGUUGAUCGGAAAAGCUUCACUGCGGUAUUUGAAUCUUUCUCACAAACGCCAUAAAGCAACUUCCUUGGGAGAAACUAGAUACUCUUGA